AUGACAGACUACGAGGGCGAGCAGCAAAUGGAGGUGGAGGCUUUAGAGGCGAUUCUCAUGGAGGAGUUCGAGAGGGUGGAGGACACAUCAGGCCUGGGCAUGCCAGCGGAUAAGCCAUGCUACCUAAUUACAAUAUCGCCCCAGGGGGACGACGAGGAAGAGACAACACCUUUUCCAGUGCGGCUGGCACUGUACUUCGCCCACACGCCCACCUACCCCGAUGAGCCACCGCUGCUCACUGUGCGAAGCCUACAAGGAGUGAGAGCCGUUGAUCUGGAGGAGAUUCGCAACAAGCUCAAGGAAGAGGUGAUAGAGCCGCACGGGCUGCCUGUGACAGUGGAGACAUUCACGGAGUGGCGAGAUCGGUUUGAGGCAGAGAUUGCGCUGGAGAAGGCCAAGUUGCUGUCAGAUGCAGCACUUGCAGCAUCCAGGGAGAAGCGGCUUACAGGCAGACAGUGGUUCGUGCAGAAAGCAAGCAAGGGAAUUGUGCUGGAUGAGGAGGAGGCGGCAGAGGAGGAGGAAGAGGAGAUCGAUUUCGAUGAUGAUGAUUUCGACGAAGACAUUGACGAGGAGGACAUGUUGGAUCAUUACCUUGCUGAAAAGAACCAAGCUUAG